UUAUGUGAAGAAGUACCAGCUGGUGCCACAGUCUCACAGUCCUCCAUACUUAUUUGUUUGUGUCAGAAAUUGGGAAAUGGACAGGAUAUUUAGAAACAAAUCCACAACUACCAUCCUUGCCUGCUUGCUCGCAUUAUUUCUUCACAAAAUCUGCUUUGCUGAGAAAAUUUGCACUGUCCCCUCAGAGCCUGUGACAAUAAAAGAGAACAACACCGCUGACACAUUUGUUGUCCAUAUUAACACAACAACAAAAGAUGUAACGCUGAAUCUCACAGGGAAUCCUGGGAAUGCCUUUGAUUUGAGAGGUCCAGACCUGAUAGCAAAGAAAGGCUUGGAUUUUGAAACCCUUUCAAGCCCUGAAGAACUAACAGUCCUGGUCCGGUGUAAUAAAACUGGCUUCAGAAGUAUCACUCUGAUUGUGCUUGUUCGUGUUGAGAAUAUCAAUGACAACCCUCCAUCAUUUUCUCAGAGCGAGUAUACAAUUGACAUAAAUGAGCUCAUACCAGUUAAUACCAGCAUUGCCCUGAUUGAAGCAAUAGAUGAUGACUCAGAAGUUCUGUAUUAUUCUAUGGAGCCAACUGUGAACAGGUACUUCAGACUUGAGACCAUGUAUAUACCAAGCAUCCUCGUGAACAAGGUUUUGGAUUAUGAUGUUGUCCAACAGGUGAAACUGAUCUUGAAUGUUCAGGAUACUCCACCUGCGUCAGAAUUGGGGGAACUAUCCUUCACAGCAUCAACAACCAUCAUUGUCAAUAUAAAAGACAUUGAUAAUCGUCCUCCCUGGUUCCAACCAUGUACAAGAGUAACCAUUGGCAAUGCCAAAAUCUGUCUAAGCUUGGGCUACAGAGGCAGGGUGAACUUAACAGAGAAACAGGAUGGAACAUUGCAAUUGCAGCCAGGUCCAGUGUAUGCCAGAGAUGGGGAUAAAAGCAGAAAUGAAGUGAUCAGCUAUAAAAUUGUUCGAGGAAAUGAAGACAAUAUAUUUCAGAUUGAUGAGAACUCUGGCAACAUCACCAUGCUGAAACCAGCAGAUAUAGCAGGCCCAAUAUCACUCUUAGUUUUGGCUUCCCAGGUAACAAACAGAGAUCAGUUUGCCACCACUUCAGUCACCAUAGAUGUCAUGAAAAAGAGCAGAAAUCCUCCAAGGUUUGAGAAGGAACGGUAUGAAGGGUAUGUUUACAGUAAUUCAGGCCCGGAAAACAUGGUCCUAAGGGACAGGAUGUCAAACAGACCCUUUAGAGUGAGAGCAAGGGACGAAGAUUUUGCAAAUGGAAUCAAUCCUGACAUUCGAUAUGAAGUGCAAUAUAGCAGUUAUGUUAAUAUCACAACAGAUGGAUUUAUACUUCUGAAGAAAGUCGUUCGGACUGAUUCCUUUGCUUUACAGCUUCGGGCAGUGGAUGUAUCCACUGGUGAGUCGGGAACAGCUGCACUCUCUGUGGUUGUAGUACCAUGGUGUCCAGUCCCCGACGAGGGCUACCGUGCAGGAGACAUGGCCUUGCUGGGCUUCGUAAUGGCUGCUAUGCUGGUGCUCUGCCUCAUUGUGAUUGGCUAUCUCAUAUCCCGUGUAAAGAAGGGGAAUCCUGACGGGCUCAAGUUGUCUGAGUGUUUAGGGCCAUGCUUGAAGUUUACUCAGCCCCCUAACAGGCCAAACCCGAGAGAUAGCAUGCAGUUCACCAAUGAUGGUUUCUUAAAUGGUGGGGACAUGGGGAGAUCCAGAUCCAGGCUUGCCAAACUGAGAGACAGGAGACCGGAUGCAGUUCAAGCAACAAGGGUGCGAGUGAUACCUCGUGAGAGACAGAGGCACUGCAGCUCCUGCGGUCUCCAGGCACACGGUAACCACGCACACCACAGCAGUCCUACCGUCCAAACCAAAGGAAGGGCAAGUAAGGAAAGGGUUAAAUCCAUUCUGGCUAAAGACAGGAAGAGAGAAGAUCGACAGAAGACCGUAUGGUUCAAGGAAAUCGAGGAUUCAUCAGAUAUUGAGGUGGAGAUCAUUCCUGAUAAUAUCGUGCUUAAGCCUGAAGAGGACAUGGAGAAAGUGGCAGGGGAUAUUGCGUUCCCUCCACCGGAAGGCAGUGAAAUGGAAUUGGGGGACUUGACUAUGUUAAAUAUACAGGUCUUGAGUAGCAGCAGGGAAACAGCUAUUUCUGAUAGCAGAGACGAACUUAACACAGAUAAAAGGAACCAGUGAAGACCAGAGAGCGUGCAACUCAAGAAAAGCGUGCAACUCAACGAAAAGCGUGCAACUCAAGGAAACUAGAGCUCUUUGCUCUUCAGAGACUGAAUGUCAUUUUGGCUGAACUAAUCCCGUAUAUUGUUGUAAAAAUAAAACACAGUUAUGCCCCUAUUUGGUGCUUUUUGUUUAAAUAUAAUUUGUGGCACAAAAAAUGACAAUUGUGGUGACCAAUUGUGUGUGAACCUGGCUUUUGUGAACUAUGAGCUCCUUCUAAAAAUGUGUUUUUCCAUUGUUUUAUACGGUAUGUGUGCUAACCUCACACGCAAACAAGUUUUGUGUUAAUAUAUCUUAAAAUAACAUUCAAAAUGAUUGACAAAACAGUAUUUAGUAUUUAAUUUUGGCUUACUGCUCUUAUUUUAUGUCUGUUGUGUUUGUGAAUAAAAAAUAGUGGAAUACAAUAUUUUAUAUGAAUAUGUAAAUUAUUUUAUAUUUAAAAAAUCCAGAAUAAAGCAAAUAUGAACCAGUCAAGAAAGUAUAAAACUGUAUGUGUUUAUAUGUCUAGCUCAUAUCUGUGUGUAAGAGGGGGAGAAAAUGACUAAAUGUAAUAGCACAAAAUGCUAUUUGCUUGUGGAAAAUAUGAUUUCUGCUUUGUUACACCAAGGGAAAGCUACAUAAAUAUAAUUGCUGAUAAUUCAAUCAACAUAGUGUUAGAUGUGAGUAUCAUGGUGGCCUCGGUUAGACAUGAAAUGUACAGGAUAUUAAAACGUAAAUGUCUACAGACAACCUUAAAAGUCAAGUCAACUCACCCGGCGGCCAUUUAUUCUGCAUUUGCGGAUCGCUACACGAACAAAUCUAGGGUCAAGACUUGUACACAAAUCUACAAAUAGAUGGACCCCAACCAUCAUCUACUCAAGCCAAUCAGAUAACGGCCACAUUACUCGGACCAAUCUUAGCAUGUUCUAUCUUCAACCAAUCACACUUCGUUUUACUAUGAGGGCGGGACUAGAGACACAGAGCUCUCAUGAGCAUGGACUCAAGCACUAAAUGAUUAGCUCCAACUAUUAAAGAAACAGAUGCCAUGUGAGGAAUACAUGUUUAGUGUCUUGUUAGAUGUCAACAGCAGAAAAUUGCCCAUUUGUAUCCACACCUUUUCUACAUCUUCACUAUUUAAUCCUUAAUAAAUUCGGAGGGUUGUGGGGGAGGGAAGUAACAUUGUAAUGCUGCAUUACAAUGUGCCCCAAUUAGAACAAACUAUAUGCAAUUUUAUGCAGUCAGAUAUUUAAUUUACAUAAUUCCCCUUGUGUGUGUGUGUGUGUGUGUGUGUGUGUGUGGGUGUGUGUGUGUGUGUGUGUGUGUGUGUGUGUGUGUGUGUUCAAACCAUGCAUUAUUUCGGCCAAUGCUGUGGCUUCGUUGUGUAUUUAUUGUCAAUUAUUGAUAUAAUAUAAAUGACAAAGUUAAUAAAUGGCUUAUAUUGACAUAAUAUUUUACUUUAUCUUCUAUUCAUUUUAAUUAAAUCAGAUCUAGUUGUUAGAGGAGGAUUUUAAGCUGCUAUAAUGGUCAUGAUACAAUGUGCCCCGCUCCCGUUGUAGCAUUUCACUUUCAUUUUUUCUAGAUAGAUGGCAAAAAAGUAAACGCUGUAUUUAUGAAACAAGUCCACGUAUUUGUACCAGACAUGUGUAAAAUGAAUGUGAAAAAAUAAAUACAUUGAACCCAAAG